GGUUCUCGUCGGGGUUUGUCAACGUGCUGCUUGUGAACGCACCCUGUCGCGCCCCCUCUGAUUGGACGCACAGCCGGUGAGGAGGAAAAUGGGGGACGACCUGGGAGACGAGUGGUGGCAACACGAGGAUGCAUCUGAGGCGGAGCAGGAGGAGGAGACGGAACAAGAAAAACCUCCGACAGACAAAACUAUCACAAAGACAAAACCAGAGAAAAGGAAAAAGAUAACUGAGACAACAGAUGAAGCUAAGAAGAAGAAAAAGAGUGAAGAGAGUGAGUGUGUAAUCCCUCAAAAGAAAGAGACUGAGGAUGAAAAGUCAACUAAACCCAAGAAAAAGAGGAAGAAGAAGAAGAAGACCAUCACAGACGUGUUGGCCACCUCUGAGCCGAAGCCGGGCUGUGCGGCCGACCUGCAGAGCACGGUCUCUCUCUACUUCUCAGACAAGCGCUCUGUGAUCGAACAGGAGGAGCUGAACCUGCAGGACUCCGGCUUCCUGUCCUGUAACGACUUGACGCACACCCUCUCCUCUUACCUCAAACUGGUUUGUCCCAAAUGGGCAAAGAUUCAGAAGCAGCACACAGAGAAGAGCUCUGUGAUUCUGCUCAUCGUCUGUAGCUCUGCUCUCCGAGCCAUUGAGCUCAUCAAGCAGCUGACCACAUUCAAGGGUGAAACCAAAGCAAUGAAACUUUUUGCAAAACAUAUCAAGAUUGAGGAGCAGGUGAACCUACUGCAGAAAGGCGUCACACACAUUGGCGUGGGGACACCAGGCAGAAUCAGCGCUCUCAUCCAGAAAGAUGGUUUGACCCUGAAAUCACUGAGGUACAUGGUUCUGGACUGGAACUGGAGGGACCAGAAGCUCAGGAGGAUGGUAGACAUUCCUGAGAUCAAACUGGACUUCAUGAAGCUGCUGGAGGGCGGCAUCCUGACUGGCUGCAGAGAAGGCAAACUCAAAAUUGGACUUUUUUAACUGCACAUAAUAAAAAACUUGCAAACAAUCCAUGUGACGACUUGAUGUUCAAAGCGAUGGUGGACCUGACAACAAGCCGAGGGGCCUCUUCCUGUUUGAUUUCCUUUUGUGUCUGUGUGAAACCUGUGUUGUGCUUUUAACUAUUCUCAGAGGUUGUGUCGAAUGUUUGUUCACUCUUGUAGUUCAACACAAUGUCCCAGUGUCAUGCAUUGAAUAAACGGACUCCGAAUGGAA